CUCCUCCUCCUUCUUCUCCUCCUUCUUCUUCUUCUUCUUCUUCUUCUGAGCGCGUGCAGUUUACCCACGACACGCGCGCGCACACACACACACAUACACGCACACAUACACACGCACGACGCACGCGCUCCCACCCCACGCGGUCUACCCCACGUUUUUCUCACAGCGGGAGUUUGACGGAGCGACGCGGGCGAAAAGACGCGCGCGCGGCUCCGUGGAUCGUUCCGUUUGGAUCGCGAGAAUCCGCAUCAGAUCCGCAUCCGGUCCGGUUCCGUUCACACUGGAUUUAGCGGUUCGGACUCCGGAUCAGAGAAUGCGGCCCUGGCCCCUCCCCCUGGGGCCCCUCGUCUCCCUGGGGCCCCUCCUCGUCCUCCUGGGGCCCCUCCUCUCCUCUCUCUGUGUGUGGGGCUACACUUUGGACCAGGAGCACAGUCUGCAGUUCAGGGGCCCCGGGGCCUCCAUGUUCGGCUACUCUGUCCUGCUGCAUCGACACCGGAGCCACAGCUGGUUGGUGGUUGGAGCUCCGGUGGCGAACUCGUCUAACUCCACACUGCCGCCUUCUGGAGCCAUUUACCGCUGCAGCCUCCAGGACCAGAGCCACCGCUGUGUCCCCAUGGACGCAGAGGUCGGCAGAUGUGGGAAAACCUGCGAGGGGGAGAGCGCCCACCAGUGGCUCGGGGUCAGUCUGUCACGACAACCAGGGCCCCAGGGAGGAAACGUGCUGGCCUGUGCUCAUCGCUGGAAGAAUGUGUUUUACUCCCAGAGGGACGGUCAGAACAACAAACUUCCGAACGGAGUGUGUUUCAAAUACGGAGCGGAUCUGAGUCACGGCCAGCCCCACAUCCCCUGCUACACAGCUCACCAGAGGAAGUUUGGAGAAGACUACGGCUCGUGUCAGGCCGGAAUCUCCAACGUCCUCACUCAGGACCUGAUGGUGAUGGGGGCCCCGGGGACGUCGUACUGGACCGGUUCAGUCCUGGUCUACAACAUGUCCAGUGGAGUCAUGUCCUCGUAUGUGGACGACCACUCUGCCACGGUCAGCUUCGGCAGCUACCUGGGUUACUCGGUGGGCGCGGGGCCGUUCCUGAGCGAGUCGUCGAUGGAGGUGGUAGGGGGCGCUCCGCAGUACAACCAGAGGGGAAAGGUCUUUAUCUUCUCUGUGGACUACAACAGGCUGAGGGUUCUCACCAACGUGUCGGGGAAAGAGUUGGGCUCGUACUUCGGGGCGAGUCUGUGCGCACUGGACCUGAACGCAGACGGACUCUCGGACCUGCUGGUGGGCGCUCCCAUGGCGACGGGGGCCAGCCGCGAGGAGGGGCGUGUCCACGUCUACCUCAACCGAGGACAGGCGGAGCUGCAGGAGGCGGAGUUUGUGCUGUCGGGCAGUGAUGCGUACGCGGCGCGGUUCGGGGAGGCCAUCGCUGACCUCGGGGACCUGGACGAUGAUGGUUUCCCCGAUGUGGCAAUUGGAGCUCCUCAUGAGGACGAGCUCAGAGGAGCUGUUUACAUCUACAACGGCCGAGAGGACGGCAUCUCCCCCACCCCCUCACAGAGGAUCUCGGGGGCGUCUCUGGGCAGGGACCUGUUCAUGUUCGGUCAGUCGCUCAGCUCUGGGGUCGACAUGGACGACAACGGCUACCAAGAUGUGGCGGUCGGGGCUUUUCUGUCAGACUCUGCUGUCGUUCUCAGGUCGCGGCCCGUGGUGCGAGUGGAGGCGUCCGUGCACCUGCCGGAGCGCGUGGACCCGCAGGGAGUGCCGUGCUCACACCACAGAGCCCCCAGCGUCUGCAUGAACGUGAGCGUCUGCUUCAGGGUCAGCUCCAGGCAGUUCAGAGGACCCGUGGACCUGCUGUACAACGUGACCUCUGACCUCCUGCACAAACCCUCCUUCCCCCACCGCUUCUAUUUCCACGGCAACGGCUCGUCCAACAGCACGAGGGGGCGUGUCCGGGCGCGGCUCGGCCAGCGCACCUGUAACACACACCUGGCCUUUCUGAGGAAGCCUGUGAGGGACAUCUUCACGCCUGUGCUCUUCCAGGCCUCGUUCGGUCUGAGGGAGGCCACGCCCACCCGCAGCUCACACAGGCCCCUCCCCCCGCUGAAGCCCAUCCUGCAGAGGGGCGGGGCCAAGAUCGCCAGCGCACAGACGCUCUUCUCUCGCUCCUGUCUCCUUGACGACUGCUCCUCGGACCUGCAGCUCUCGGCUCAGCUCGACCUGCCCGGCGGGCGUCCGUACUUCCCUCUGGGUUGGGGGCGGAGCUUCAUGUUGAACGCGUCGGUGGUGAACGGCGGAGACGACGCCUUCUUACCGCGCCUCACCCUCCUGUUCCCGCCCGCCGUGCAGUACGUGCGCGUGCACACGGACGAGACGGCGGUGAGCUGUGACAUCAUCGCGGAGGUGAACAGCACAGUGGGCGUGGCCUGUGGGUUGGUGGGGCUCAUCCUCCCCGCCGAGGCUCAGCUCAACGUCAGCUUCCUAUUGGACGUGAGCCACAACAGCACACCUGGUGACAUCACUCUCCAGCUGAGCAGCCGCAGUGAGAACUUUGAGAAGGAGGACUUUCUGGGGGACAACUCUGUGAGUCUGGUGCUGCCGCUCAAACAGGAAAUGGACAUGUCCAUCCACGGACACGUGAGCCCCUCGUCCUUCACCUUCUCGGAGCUGGAGCAGGACUACGCCCCGGUCGACUGUUACACAGAGACACUCAACUUCACCUACAAGAUUGUGAACUCUGGUCCGAGUCGUUCUCUGGACACGGUGGUGGAAGUACUUCUGCCCCGGACCCUCGUGCCGCACCCCCACAGACUCCUGCAGAUCAGAGACUAUCAGGUGUCUCAGGGCAGGUGCUCCCUCGGGGACAGGGUGCUCUCGGUGGUGGACGACUGUACGGUCCCUCACGCCUCGUUUCUGCAGCAGCUCGUCUUCUUCUUCUCUCCGCCAACGACACGCCUCCUGUUCUGCGGGCCCCGGGACCCUCUGUGUGAGCGUCUGGUCUGUCACCUGGGGCCCCUGGAGGCGGGAAGAGUCGCCACCCUCCACCUGGAGACGAGCCUGAACCCGGCCGUGCUGCUGCAGGCGCCGGGUCGACACAGUGUGAUGAAGUUGGAGACUGUGGCGUUUGUGUCUCGUCCAGAGGAGGAUCAGUACACAGUGUUGACCAGUGAACAGAGAGACGCUCAGGUCCAGGUGGUGGCGCUGUUCUCACACAAACCCUCUGCAACGGUCAGAGUUCUGCUGCUCGUGGUCAGUCUGCACCUGGGCCUCCUCAUCCUGUCUGUGCUCAUCUACUGCCUCUGGAAGGCCGGUUUCUUUAAGCGGGAGCGGGAGCACAAGAAGCUUCACAGGGACAGCUGGGACUACGUGCCAAAGCUGGGCCCCCGAGAGAGCUUCUCCUAACGGGACGGGCGCUCGCCAAGGAGGGGGGGUACUCGCCGAGGGGGGGCACGCGGCAGGGGCGUCCUCUGACUCCAGAACUCUUCACCGACCUCCGCUUAAAAAGAACUGACCUCCUGCUGGUUCUCUGCUCCUCUGACGAACUCUGGGCCUCGCUCUGGGCUCACACCGCGGGGGGGGGAAAUCUCCUGUGACCUCUGACCUUUGGGGGGGGGGGGGAACUGAAAGUGGGCGUGUCCCGUUACGUUUCUUCGCUUCCUCAAAAUCGUAGCGUUUCUUGGCUCAGAAGUUUGGAUCUAUAAUAAGACCUUCUGGAUAAGCCCCUCCCCCUCCGACCUGGAGCGACGCCGACUGGUGGAACUGCACCCCGAACAGAAUUCUCCCGUAGAACACAAUGUACCUGACCCCCGACCCCACCUCUACGGAGCACAGAGCAGUUUUUUGUGAAUUUUCCGGCUUCUACAAACGUCAGAUUUUUUUAGGAUUUUUCUGUAUUUUUACAAUGUGAACUUUUUAGAACUUUUUAAAUCCUCGACAUCUUGGGUUCCGGAUCUUCUCGUACUUCCACGCUCAGAAGACAGAGAGAGACACAAGGAACCGUCUCCAUGUCUCCUCUGGGUGGGGAGGACUUAACUUAAGCAGAAGAGGAGCUGAGGAGGACCUGCUGUAUGACUGCACUACUGACCGCACUGAACGAGCUCAGACCAAAGAGCAGGAACCAAAGCAGCCCCGGGGAAGUCUCUGUGUGGACCGAGGAACCUGGAGGAACAUGGAGGAUCCUGGAGGAACCUGGAGGAACCUGGAGGAACCUGAAGAAACCUGAGGGAACCUGGAGGAUCCUGGACAAAUCUAGAGGAGCCUAGAGGAACCUGAGGGAACCUGGAGGAACCUGGAAGAACUUGGAGAAAUCUGGAGGAACCUGGAAGAACUUGGAGGAACCUGGGGGAACCUGGAGCAAUCUGGAGUAACCUGAGGGAACCUGGAGGAAC